CUGCUCUUAUCUAGCAGACUCUGAUCUUCCACUGAGCUAGGCUGGACCAGGCAGAGAGAACUCUCAGGGACACUGGAAGAUUUUUCUCACCCUUCUCCUCCAUCACCUUCAGCUUCAGACACCUUUCCGGGCAUCAGAGGCUUUCCUUUCUCAAGGAUGGACUCGUACCUGAUCCAGGUGAACGGCAAUACGACCCUGCCCUCCCUCCUUGAUGUCCAUGUCAAUCUGAACGGAAAAGCCCCUUCUCUGGGCAAGAGCAAAGGCCGGAAGCCCCACUGGGCAGUCAGGGCCUCUGACAUGUCCAAGCGGACGUUCAACCCCAUCCGGGCCAUUGUGGACAGCAUGAAGGUGGAGCCCCAUCCAGAGAAGCCGUUGAUCUCUUUGUCCCUAGGGGAUCCAACCGUCUUUGGAAACCUUCCUACGGACGAUGAGGUCAUUCAGGCAAUGAAGGAAGCCCUGGAUUCCCGGAGAUACAACGGCUACGCCCCUUCUGUGGGGUACCUGUCUGGUCGAGAGGUGGUGGCCAAGUACUACAGCUGCCCAGAAGCCCCUCUGGAAGCCCAGGAUGUGAUCCUGACCAGCGGCUGUAGCCAGGCCAUCGAGCUGGCCCUAGCCGUCUUGGCCAACCCUGGGCAGAACAUCCUGGUGCCACGCCCGGGCUUCUCCCUCUACAAGACCUUGGCUCAAUCCAUGGGCAUCGAAGUCAAAUUCUACAACCUCUUGCCAGAGAAGUCAUGGGAAAUCGACCUCAAGCAGCUGGAGUCCCUGGUGGAUGACAAGACCGCCUGCCUGGUGGUCAACAACCCCUCCAACCCUUGCGGCUCCGUCUUCAGCAAAAGCCACCUCCAAAAGAUUCUGGCCGUGGCCUCCAGGCAGUGCAUCCCCAUCUUGGCGGACGAGAUCUAUGCAGAGAUGGUGUUUGAAGAUUGCAAAUCUGAAUCCCUGGCCAAGCUCAGCAAAAACGUGCCCAUCCUGUCCUGCGGAGGCCUCGCCAAGCGGUGGCUGGUGCCUGGCUGGAGAAUGGGCUGGAUCCUGAUACAUGACCGCAGGGAGAUCUUCGGGAAGGAGAUCCGGGACGGGCUGCUGCGGCUGAGCCAGAGGAUCCUGGGGCCUUGCACGGUGGUCCAGGGAGCCCUCAAGGCCAUCCUACACCGGACCUCCCCCGAGUUCUAUCACAACACCCUCAGCUUCCUCAAGUCCAACGCGGCCCUCUGCUACGAUGCACUUUCGGGCGUCUGUGGACUCCGGCCCGUCCGGCCCUCUGGGGCCAUGUACCUUAUGGUGGGGAUCGAGAUGGAGUCCUUCCCAGAGUUUGAGAAUGACGUGGAGUUCACAGAGAGACUCAUUGCUGAGCAGUCCGUCUUCUGCCUCCCGGCGACGUGCUUUGAGUACCCCAACUUCUUCCGGGUGGUGCUCACGGUGCCCGAGGAGAUGAUGGUGGAAGCUUGCCAGCGUAUCCAGCAGUUCUGCGAGAGGCACUACCAAGGUGGCGAGGGAGCCCCGGACCUGGAAUGCGACAAGUAGCCGACGGCGCCUGCCCUUCCGCUGCCUCCUCCACUCCAUCCGCGUCGGGUUGCGCAUGCCAUGUGUUUGCGCCACCGAACCUGAAGCCCUCCCUGACCCCCACCCCACCACCUCCUCCUCCUUUUGGCACAGAGCUGUGAUGAGGGAGCAUCCGGUGACACUCCUCUCCGGCCGGCGCCCACUUGCCCGGGCCCAGCGUGUGCCAAGGAAUUCUAGCCAGGCUUUUCCUGGCCAUGGGUUGCUUGUGACCACUUUCGCUGCUGCUCAAGAAAAGGUUGGUUGGAGCCUAGGAGAAGGAACCCCACCUUAGUGCCCUAGCCACUAGUUCAUGCUGCCCGGCCCUUCUGCAGAGUUGGGGCUUCCGUAGGCGAUCAUAUACCUCCGUAUCUUCACACACACCCCAAACCCACUUCUCCUCCCAUGCUUGUUUCAGGUCCAUAAGUUAUUGUAACUUUUAUAUGAAUAAAUGCAUGAAAAAUGUC